GGGUUUAGAAACUCUGCGUCAUUUCUUCCUCUUCCUGUUGUCGUCUGUAUGUCUGGCAGCUCCACAGAACAGAGAUGGCAAAGUCAAAAAAUCACACCACCCACAACCAGUCCCGUAAGGCCCAUAGGAACGGGAUCAAGAAGCCCAGACCAGACCGAUACGAGUCCAUGAAAGGGGUCGACCCGAAGUUCAUGAAGAACAUGCGUUUUGCCAAGAAGCACAAUAAGAAGGGGCAGAAGACGGCCAACGCAGCGGCCAAGAAGAUCGCACUGGCAGCCGCCCCUUAGAUGUGGCUGGCAGAUCGCACUGGCAGCCGCCCCUUAGAUGUGGCUGGCAGAUCGCACUGGCAGCCGCCCCUUAGAUGUGGCUGGCAGAUCGCACUGGCAGCCGCCCCUUAGAUGUGGCUGGCAGAUCGCACUGGCAGCCGCCCCUUAGAUGUGGCUGGCAGAUCGCACUGGCAGCCGCCCCUUAGAUGUGGCUGGCAGAUCGCACUGGCAGCCGCCCCUUAGAUGUGGCUGGCAGAUCGCACUGGCAGCCGCCCCUUAGAUGUGGCUGGCAGAUCGCACUGGCAGCCGCCCCUUAGAUGUGGCUGGCAGAUCGCACUGGCAGCCGCCCCUUAGAUGUGGCUGGCAGAUCGCACUGGCAGCCGCCCCUUAGAUGUGGCUGGCAGAUCGCACUGGCAGCCGCCCCUUAGAUGUGGCUGGCAGAUCACUGCGUCUCCACGUGUUCCAUUGACUUUUGUUACCGUCACAAUAAAGCUUUGUUAUUUUAAA